CUCCAUCAGACCCUUCUUCCCCACUAUUUGGUCGUUGCUCCGUGGGCAUCUGGAAGGCCUAGCUAUACCUAGGGUCGAGAACCAUGUCCAGUCAGGGGCAAAAAACGUUCAAGAUCCUGUGCCGCACCGAUGAGGACUACUGCAUCACCGUCCGCUGGGAUGACGACGGCGGCAUCGCGGUCGUCAUGGCGCCAACAAACCCCCGCGACCAGCAGCAGCACUGGUACAAGGACACGAGGUUCAGCUCUACGGAGGACGAGGACGGGUUCCCGGCGUUCGCGCUCGUCAACAAGGCCACCGGGUUCGCCGUCAAGCACUCGUCCGGGCAGUCUGAGCCCGUAACUCUGGUGCCGUACGAGUACGACCCAGAGGCGCCUUGA